AUGGCUCAAACUCCUCCUGCUACGCCGCAAUUGACCCUGCUGUACAGCAUGACGGCUCUCCUGGGGACGAGAUUCUCUCUCGGGCCUAUUCCGACGGGAGAUGAGCGCAUUGUUAUUCCCAUUGUAGGCGGGACGUUCACGGGUCCCAGGAUGUCCGGCAAAGUCCUCGAUCUAGGCGCUGACUGGCGCCUCACCGACGCCAACGGACGCAUCCGCCCAGAUGCACGUUACAACAUCCAAACCAAUGACGGUACGUUCAUCACGGUGCAGACUGAGGGGCGGCCCCCGCAGUCGGACGGGCGCACGAUGCUGGCGGGCAAGUUUGAAACGGGGAUGAAUGGGACGUAUGCGUGGUUGAAUGAUGUGGUGGGUGUGGGUGUGUUGACGCGGAAUGGGACUGAGAGUGUGAGGAUCGAUAUGUGGCAGGUGAGUUGA